ACAGUUUGUUCUCUAGGAACGCACUGUCUUUCUAUUACAGUUUGUUCUCUAGGAACGCACUGUCUUUCUAUUACAGUUUGUUCUCUAGGAACGCACUGUCUUUCUAUUACAGUUUUUUGUUCUCUAGGAACGCACUGUCUUUCUAUUACAGUUUGUUCUCUAGGAACGCACUGUCUUUCUAUUACAGUUUGUUCUCUAGGAACGCACUGUCUUUCUAUUACAGUUUGUUCUCUAGGAACGCACUGU